UCACCAACGGUCACUCCCGCCUAUCCGGAAAAUAGGAAAAAAAAUCAACUGUAAUUUGGGGCCAUAAUUAAUUCAUAUUACACGCUUUUAGCCAAAUCUAGAAACCGAAAACAGCCGGAAUGUUCGCCUCCGCCUGGCGCAGCGUGGCCACCUCGGUGGAGACCCAGUUGACCGCCACCUACUUCCGAGGUUCGUGCGGCAGUCUGCGAUCGCUGCAGAUUCCUCAAGCGGAUUCCCCCGGUUUUGGAGCAAUGCGAAGACGAUUUCUGGCUGUGCCCGUCCGUCCAAGUCUCGUCAACCUGCAAAAACUGCGAAAAGUCGGACUGAGAGGCAUGCAUAGCACACUGGAGGACGUCAAGCUGGAGGGCAUGGAGAUCAAGAUCCUGCCGGCCCUGCAGGACAACUACAUGUAUCUGAUUGUGGACACAAAGACGCGCGAGGCGGCCGUCGUGGAUCCCGUGGAGCCGGAGCUGGUCAUCAAGACGGUGCAGGAGGAGCAGCUGACCCUCAACAAGGUGCUGACCACGCACCAUCACUGGGAUCAUGCCGGCGGCAAUGAGAAGUUGGUCAAGUUGUGGGAGAAGCAGCUGGAUGUGUAUGGCGGCGAUGACAGGAUCGGCGCCUUGAACCACAAGGUCAAGCAGGACGACACCUUAACCAUUGGCAGCCUCAAGGUCAAGUGUUUGUCCACGCCGUGCCACACCACGGGGCACAUUUGCUACCAUGUCACAGCGCAGGACGGAGGUGGCGGCGAGGGAGCAGUCUUCACCGGCGACACCCUUUUCCAGGGCGGAUGCGGACGCUUCUUCGAGGGCACUCCCGAGGAAAUGUACGAGGCCCUGUGCACUAAGCUCUCCGCCCUGCCGGACGGCACCAAGGUGUUCUGCGGCCACGAGUACACGCUGCAGAACAUGAGCUUUGCCCGGCACGUGGAGCCGGACAACGAGGUCAUCCAGCAGCGGAUCGAGUGGGCCAAGCACCGUCGCGCCUCGCAGGAUCCCACUGUGCCCUCGACAAUUGGCGAGGAGAAGUCCUGGAAUCCCUUCAUGCGCGUCCACGAGGCCACGGUGCAAAAGCACGCCGGCGGAGCCACCGAUCCCAUUGUCACCAUGGGCAAGCUGCGCAAGGAGAAGGACAACUUCAAGGCCUAGUCCUUUCCUUUUAUGAUUUUAAACUUGUGAUUUAAUAUUGGAUUUAAUGGUUUAUAAAAUUAAAGGUACUUGUGAAGUGCAGAACUCGUU